AUGCCCCCCGUCGACACCGCCCGCUACAUCGGCGCCGGAGUGAGGGUGCUUCUCGAGGACGGCCGGGUGCUCGACGGCACCCUCACCGUGAUCGACCCCUUCGGCAACUUGUUGCUCAACGACGUGUGGGAGACGCUGGCGGACAAGCUCAACCCCAGCCUCACCCACCGCCGCGACAUUGGUCUUGUGAGCGUGCCUCGGGCCACUGUGCGGCAAGUCGGGGUUACUCCCGCCACCUACGCCCAGAUCCACCCGCCCCUGGCCUAG